UGAAGGAGACGCAAACAGGCAUUCGUCUGUUGUAGGGGGGAGGUAUAUCCCGAGCUGUACAAAUGUCAUCGAGCACAGUUCAGUCGUUUGGGAAGCUGGAGGUGACUUCUCGCCCGUGCGCCUUUGGACCUUUAACAAUCUGAACACAUUUCCUUUGGCGCUGUUUGGGAUGCCUGAUGCACGGUUGUUCGGGUGUUGAGAGUACCUGGGAAUAAACUGGGCAGGCGGCGGACGACGGUGGUGUGUCCGAAGGCUGCGAUCCGAGAAGCGCGGCGGACUGAAUACUGGCUGACAGACAUGCCGACUUCUGGGAAACUUGACACCCUCGUGGUCCUGACCCUCCUUUGGGCUUGUCCAGGUGAUUCCCAAAGAGUAGAGAUGCCAAGAAUGGAUGUGGAAGUAGUCAAGGGCCAGAUGGUCGUCCUUCAAGCCUGGUACAGCCCCACAUCCGACAUCAGCAAGAACACUGUCAUCUGGAACUUCAUGGCCAACGACUCCAAGCAGGUCAUCUCGUAUAGCUCUGGCCAGAUCGGCAUUGGGAGUCCGGAGUUCCGAAGUCGAGUGGGCUUUGCCCUCUCCAUGCCCUCCACCAACCUGUCCAUCUUCAUCAACAACACGCAGGAGGCCGACACGGGCCGCUAUCUCUGCAACGUCAUCGUUCCGGGGGCCCCUGGCCUUUCUGGCGAGCUCAGCCUAAACGUCAAGGUGCCCCCUUCGGUCCCUGUGUGCGAGAUGACAGGCAGACCAGUGCUGAGGGGCAACGUGACCCUGAACUGCAGAUCCACUGCUGGAAAGCCUGCACCUCACUACAAGUGGACCAAGAGCGCCCCAUUGGCCGAGGUUUUCUUUUCACCCACACAAAAUGAGAAGCAGGGCACCCUGCGUCUCAGUAACCUCAGCCAAGCCAUGUCCGGGAAGUAUGUGUGCCGAGCCAGCAACACGGCUGGAGCCGAGAGCUGCUACAUCAACCUGGAGGUGUCUGCCCCAACCAAUGCAGGUAUGAUUGCUGGAGCCGCUUUUGGAUCCAUCCUGGGCCUGGUGGCCAUCAUCAUCUUCCUGGUUUUUAUUGUGAGGAAGAAGAGGGGGGAAAAUGAUGAAGACAUGGCUAAUGAAAUCAAGGAGGACGCUCUGGCUCCCAGGCGAGUCUCCUGGGCGAGAAGCGGAGUGGGCACGGACGACACCUCCAAGAACGGUACCCUGUCCUCCACGGCUGGCAGACGCCAGCCAGAAAACCGCUACCCCCACAUGCUGGUGUCCAACGGCGGUGCGGUCACGGCGACGGGCAGCUGUGCGGGCUACCGGCUUCAGGACCCCAGCGUGCUGCAGGGCCUGCCGGGGUACACUGCCAGCGGCAGCCUGCCCCGCCUGCCCCCCAUGGUUCCACAGCACAACAAGCCCAUGCUCAGAACUGCCCCAGCCCAACCUCAGGCCCCCUCCAGCACCAUCAGCCACGCAGCCAUGGCCCAGAUGGCCAAGGUGCCCGUCACGGUGCCCGCUCGCAGCCAGGCAGGCUCUCUGGUGUAACAGUCGGGCCCCGGCAAAGUAAAAAACAGAACGUUUUGAGAUGACAGCCCUUAAGACAGUGAGAGGUACAGAAUAGCAAGAUUGCAGCAAUGCAAAUGACUUGUAUCUGGUGUAUCCUGAUUCAGAAAACGUUUUUAUAUUAAAAAUGUAUUUAAUACAGAGUACAAAAUACCACUUAUUUAACAUUACUUACAAUAGCUACACAAUUUUUAAAACCGUGUCCUGUGGAAGAUUUGUACUUGCUGCUUUUCCUUGUGAAAAACCACUUUUAUAAAACAGACCUAUGAAAUGGACUUGAAUGAAUUAAGUGUUCUUGUUUAGUUCCAAUUGAUGUUCGUUGUGACAUGCUGUGUUUAAGGGAGGACAGAGGCUGGGUCUCAGACACUGUGUCCAAUGCGAGGA